AUGGCAUAUGCAAAUUCUAGUUCAGAUGUAUCUGUCUUUCACGCCAACCCAAGGAGUUUGGUUGACAAGAUUGAUCAGCUAGAACUGGAAAUUGCUACCUAUCGAUAUGAUCUCAUGGUAUUUACGGAGACUCAUUUGGACAGUUCAAUUUUGGAUAGUGAACUAUUUCCUUCAAUUUACACGGUUUUCAGGUUUGAUCUUGCUCAAAAUGGUCGACGUGGUGGUGGUAUUUUGAUAGCUGUACCACAGGCAGCCCAAGCGCACUAUGUUUGGGUUUGGGCUUCAGAGGUAUACUACUAGAAUUAUUAGUGUAUUAUCUGAUGCCAAAUAAAUGCAAAAAUCUUAAAGAUAUGAAGUCUUCUUGUUUGUCUAUCAGUACUACUAGCCUUUAAGAUAACGAAGGUCGAGAUUUCUUGCGGCCGGCCGGCCGUAGGACACAGAGUGACUAUGAACUAAAGGUAAGGGAGCUUUUUGAAUCAAUAUUUCGCGUGAUCAUGAUUUUUUUUCUUAGCGUUGUAGCUUCGAAUACAUGUGAUAAAAUUCGAACAAUAAGGGCCUGCGCGAAUCACAUGUAAUAAUGCAAGAAAUCUCGACCUUCGUUAUCUUAAAGGCUACUAGUACAGAUAAACAAACAAGAAGACUUCAUACCUUUAAGAUUUUUGCAUUUAUUUGGCAUCAGAUGAUACACUAAUAAUUCUAUUAUAUUCCAACCAAAUGACCUCUGAGGCCUAAACCCAAACAUAGUGCGCUUGGGCUGCCUGUGGCUGUACGAAACACGUUAAGAGCGUCAGUCAGACAAGACGUUAGUUUCGAUUCGGAAUUAUUAUUUGUCGAUAUUCUAUUCUCAGCGAAUAGAAAAAUCAGUUUAGGUGUCUUUUAUAGGCCGCCCAACAGUAACAUUAAUUGCCUGUUAUAUCUACAAGCGGCUCUUGAUAAUGUGCUUUCAUAA